UGAUGAGAAAAGGACAACAUGGCUGCUUCAAAGGGUCUCUUUUCCAGCACGUUAAUUUCAGACGAUAUCAAGACAUCCUUUCCAGAAGGCUAUGUUGCCCGGUCGCUGGAGAGGACCGACUUUGCCAAGGGCUUCUUGGACUGUUUACGUGUUUUAACGUGGGUUGGUGAUCUUACGGAGGAUGAAUUCUAUGAGCGAUACGAUGAGAUGAACACGCAAGGGAAAGGUACUUACUAUCUUAUUGUCAUCGAGUAUGAAGGCCGUAUUGUCGGCACAGGGAGUCUGAUUGUCGAGAAGAAAUUUAUUCACAAUCGUGGCAUGUGCGGCCAUAUUGAGGAGAUCUCGAUAGCCAAGGAGCAUCAAGGGAAACACUUGGGCCAGAAACUGCUGGCAUCUCUCGACUCCGUCGCCAAGAAUGUUGGCUGCUACAAGACCAUCCUGGAUUGCAGUCCUGAGAAAGAACCUUUCUACGUCAAGUGCAAUUACCACAACUCGGGCACAGAGAUGUCGCAUUACUUCGAAGAGUCCAAGGAUUCCUAUCAUCGAGGCUGAUACAGAAGUGGAGGAGAGGCUUCAAGCACUUCGGUCGACUCCGGACCUUAAUCUUUGUUGCGUAGAUAGCAACUGGAAACAACAAUGGUCAUGGCCCAACAAUCAGUAGAGGCAAACUUGUCUCAACCAUACUGGGCUGGGUUCACAAGCAUUAUCAGGUCUCAUUCGAGCCAAAGACAGAAACAUCGGUGAGCUGUUGCCUUCUCCUUUUGACGGCUUGGUUCGAACGAGGCGCAUGAUAUCAACGAUAUCAGCCCGGACACUGCUGCAUCGUUAUCUCCAAGUGGUCAUCAUCCAUUGUUCCA